AUGGCGACCACGGGCAUGCACUACGCCCACUGCGGCGCCAAUGACGGUUGCAAGCUCGCCUUCCAAUCCUCCUUGUCUCUCACCGACGGCGGAGCCACCUCCGCGACGCAGUGCGUGCUCCUCAUGCACGGCUUCAGCGGCUCCAGCGAGUACUUUCAUCGCAACUUCCAACCGCUCAUCUCCCGCGGCCUCUGGGUCGUGGCACCCGACAUGCGCGGACACGGCGACUCCGACCGAACUCGCGGCGGCUACCACGUCGCCCGCUUGGCGGCGGACCUGCACAACCUCGUAGCUCACCUCCGCCUCGCGGCGCCGCAAGCGCACAUCGUGCCCGUCGGAUGCUCGAUCGGUGCCGCGGUGCUCUGGACGUACGUCGAGCUCUUCGGGUGCGCGGACUUUUCCGGCUUCGUCUUCGUCGACCAGGCGCCGCUGCAGGACCGCUCCGAGUUCGACGGGUGGGACGAGAGCAAGGCGCACACGGGCUGCUUCGACGAGAAGAGCAUGCUCGGCGCGCAGAAGUUCUGGAUCAACGACUCCAAGGCCGCGCACGUCGACCUUGUUGACGGGUGUCUCGGUUACCGCGCCAAGCCGGACCCCAAGGACGACGUCUCGCCGGAGAAGAGGAAGCAGGACGAGGAGUUCUUCACUCGCAUCAGUGCUUUGUGCGAUCAGACGUGGCUGGCGAGGCUUCUGGCGGACCACACGCGGUAUGAUCACCGCGAGGCGAUUGAGAUGAUUAGCGUGCCGACGCUGGUGAUGGCGGGCCGGCGGUCCGGGUGUUUCCCGCUGGAGGGUAUGUUGGAGACGGUGAGACGAGUUGAGAAGAAUAGGCCUGGACUGGCGAAGGAGUCUGUUUUUGAGUCGGGGCAUUGGCUGUUUUAUGAAGAGCCGGAGCGGUUUAACAAGGAGAUUGGCGACUUUGUGGAUCUAUGCACGCGAUGA